UCUCAAAUCUGAACCCUUGAUCCACGAAACUUGUUUGACUUUCCAACCCCUUUCUCUCUCUUUUAUAACAAACCCCCCCUCUCACCAAACCCAUAACAUAAUCCCAAACCCAAACCUCUUUCCCUUCUCCCAUGGAGGAACACAUAGCAAUACAAGAAGCAGCUUCCGCUGGGUUCAAGAGCAUGGACCAUCUCAUUCCACUCCUUAACCCUUCUCCUUCUCUCAACAACCUCCACUGCUCCCAAAUCACCCACUUCACUGUCUCCAACUUCAAACAGCUCAUCAACCUCCUCAACCGCACCGGCCACGCCCGCUUCCGCCGCGCUCCACCCCAGCCCCAGCCCCAGCCCCAGCCCUUUACUCUAGAUUUCGUUAAGCCCACCAUUCUGAACUCUAAGCCCAGCAACAAAGACCAAACUCUAACUCUCUCCAACACCAACACCAACACCGCCACCACCACCUCCUCCCUCACCAACGACGCCAGCGUCUCCGACGGCAAGAUCGGCCCUUUCCUCCUCCCUCCCAAACCCCCUCUCGCCUCCUCCCACCGCAAAAAGUGCCGCGACGCCGCCCUCUCCGCCAAACACUCCUGCCACUGCUCCGGCAAAAGGAAAUCACGCGUGAAACGCACCAUCCGCGUCCCGGCGAUAAGCUCGAAGAUCGCCGAUAUCCCACCGGACGAAUACUCGUGGAGAAAGUACGGUCAGAAGCCCAUCAAGGGUUCACCCUACCCUCGUGGUUACUACAAGUGCAGCACCGUGAGAGGGUGUCCGGCGAGGAAGCACGUGGAGCGCGCGCAAGAUGACCCCAAGAUGCUGAUAGUGACGUACGAGGGAGAGCACCGUCACGCGCUGCCGUCAACCGCCGUAGCCGGCGUCGGUUUGGGCCUUCAAACAAGUUGAGUUAAGACGGCGUCGUUUGGGAAACUUGACGGGGGGACGUUAAGUGUGCCUCGUGCCGUGACGGUGACGGUGACGGUGACGGUAACGGCGGGUGCGAGGUUCGAGGGCGGAAAAGCGGAGAAUGGAAUCAUGAAGUCAACUUUUUGACGGAGUCGACUAAAGUUGACGAGGACUUUUGUGUAAAUUUAACCGAAAGACAAAUUAGUAGAAGUAGUUCAUACAGGUCUCGGAAUGAAAUAUAGUGAUCUGUUUUGUUUUAUGGAAAUUAUAUUUUGAAAGGGGCAUUUUAUUUAUUUAUUUGAUUUGAUUUGAUGUUAUGUUGGA